AUGACGGCUUAUACUGUCCCGUACGCAGAUCUCUUUAUUAAGGAGGAAGGUCGCUUCUUCGGUGAUUCUCCAGACCACAUAACAGCAUAUAACGACAUAGACGCAGAAGAGUGUGCCCGUCGCUGUCUGCAAGGCUACGACAGCUAUGAUGGCGUCAAUCCGACCUGUCUGUCCUUCAACCAUCGCCCUGCCGGAUCGCCAGAGGGCGGCAGUGCACGGUGUUGGCUCAGUAGUUCUGACAAGGACACGGUGGCAUCUCCUGGUCCUGAGUGGGACAGUUGGCCGUACCGAAAUUACUACCAGAGGAAACACAUCAUUUCGCCCCAAGAUUGUACUGACGUGUUCGCACUCGGGAUUCAGUACAGUCAUGUUUACACCAUCGGCCACCCGCAACCAUUCCAAGCCUACUGUGACAUGGACACUGAUGGCGGUGGGUGGACGGUCAUACAGCGGCGUCAGGACGGGUCCGUGCCGUUUGACAGGACUUGGACUGAGUACGAGCAGGGAUUUGGUAAUGUCAGUGGAGAAUACUGGCUGGGAUUGGGGAACAUCCACAGUCUGACAACACAGAAACAAAACGAACUGUACGUGUACUUGGAAGACUGGGAAAUGAACAGCCGAUUUGCGCGGUACAGCACGUUUUCUGUGGGAGAUGCCAGCAGCAAGUACACGGCAACGAUUGACGGGUACAGCGGGGAUGCAACUGAUAGUUUGGACCCGUCCAAUACACGUUCCAGCAUCAACAACAGACAGUUUUCUACAACAGACCAGGAUAAUGCCGGUGCCUCUGUCAACUGUGCUGUUACAUUCGGACAAGGAGGCUGGUGGUACACUAUAAAUUGUGGUUACGCCUUGUUGAACGGACAGUAUCUGACAGGUUGCUCAGUACCUUCAGCUUCCUGUCCGCACGCAGAUGGAAUCGUCUGGUACACUUGGUUGGGCUACAGUUAUUCAAUGAAGAAAACAGUCAUGAUGAUCAGACCAGCUGAUUUUCCUGUGUGCUCACUUGGAGAGUUUGGGCCGAACUGUACCGGCACUUGCCACUGUGCUCGCGGAGAUUCCGUGUGCGACAUCCGGACUGGAGUCUGCUCUAGUGGAGGGUGUGAAGCGGGAUGGAAUGGGGACAACUGUCAGACAGCGUGCUCACCUGGAGAGUUUGGACACAACUGUUCCGACACCUGUCACUGUGCCAGCGGAGAUUCCGUGUGUGACAUCCGGACUGGAGUCUGCUCUAGUGGAGGGUGUGAAGCCGGAUGGAAAGGGGUCAACUGCCAGACAGUGUGUUCACCGGGUGAGUUCGGGCCCAACUGUAGCGGCACCUGUCGCUGUGCGAGCGGAGAUUCCGUGUGUGACAUCCGGACUGGAGUCUGCUCUAGUGGAGGGUGUGAAGCCGGAUGGAAAGGGGUCAACUGCCAGACAGUGUGUUCACCGGGUGAGUUCGGGCCCAACUGUAGCGGCACCUGUCGCUGUGCGAGCGGAGAUUCCGUGUGUGACAUCCGGACUGGAGUCUGCUCUAGUGGAGGGUGUGAAGCCGGAUGGAAGGGACGCAAUUGCCAGACUGCGUGCUGGUCUGGAGAGUUUGGGCCCAAUUGUACGGGCAAUUGUCACUGUGCGAGCGGAGAUUCCGUGUGUGACAUUCGGACUGGAGUCUGCUCUAGUGGAGGGUGUGAGGCCGGAUGGAAGGGGGACAACUGUCAGACAGUAUGUUCGCCUGGUGAGUUUGGGCCCAACUGUACCAAUACCUGUAACUGUGCUCGCGGAGAUUCCGUGUGUGACAUCCGGACUGGAGUCUGCUCUAGUGGAGGGUGUGAGGCUGGAUGGAAGGGGGACAACUGUCAGACAGUAUGUUCGCCUGGUGAGUUUGGGCCCAACUGUACCAAUACCUGUAACUGUGCUCGCGGAGAUUCCGUGUGUGACAUCCGGACUGGUGUCUGCUCUAGUGGAGGGUGUGAGGCUGGAUGGAAGGGGAACAACUGUCAGACAGAUUGUGAUGACGGUUAUUACGGCCAAAACUGCGCCAAACGCUGCGGAGUCUGUGUAACAGGGACAACCUGUGAGAAAGCCGACGGCAGAUGUUCUGGAUGCGAGGACCCUUGGGUUGGAGACACCUGUAAAAUGGUACCCGCAACAACAUUAGACCAUCCGGAUAGCUUCACGGUGGCUAUUCAUGAUAAAGCAACCUUCAGCUGCACCGGUCGUGGUGUUCCCGCCCCUACUGUUGUCUGGCAUCACGAUGGCGAAGUCAUCACACCGGGAGACCAAGUCAGUGUAGAAACUACAUAUGGAGGUCUAGUGGGAGAACAACACGUGACCAACAGUACCUUAACCAUUACGUCAGCACGUCCACACGAUAGCGGACAGUACGUCUGUAUGAUGUCUAACACAGCAGGGGUCGGCACGUCACAGGAAGCUGCACUUGUAGUGCAAGUUAAUCCUGUGGUCAGCAUACGCCCCUCAGAGGUACAAAAUCUGGUAGUUGGAGAAGUCAUUUCCAUCACAUGUAACACAAAAAGACGUUCCAGUGAUUAUACCUACCAGUGGACAGUCGAUGGAGCAGUUGUACCAAACCAGAGAGGCGCUGUAUUCAGAUAUAAAGCUGUAAGUGGUGUUCAUAAGGUCAGGUGCAAAGUGACAAGUCCAAGUGGUGAGGCAGAGUCUGAAGACAGCACCAUCAGCGUGCUUCCAAAAGGAACCGUGACAUUUGUUUCCAGCAUGAGGAUAACUGGUAGAAACUUCACCCCUGAAAUGGAAAAUCCUGAGUCAGCUGCGUUCCAGAGCAUAAGCACCGAGAUCAAGGAUUGGUAUCAGCAAGCUUUGGGAGGUAUCCAAGGCAACAUAUACAUCAGAGUAAAGGACGCAAAACCAGGAAGUAUCAUCACAAAUCAGAACGUAAAUGUGCAGGAUGCUGAGCUUCAGGACCAGGACCUGUUUGACAGUAUCUCCAAUGCCCUGCAAACAGCUGCACGGACUCCAAGCUCUCUCGGGCUGGACCCAACAAGCCUUACAUUUCUGACAACGACGUGUUACGGCGAAACAGUGACCGUGACCGACCCCUCCUCCAACCGUGUAAACCUGACGUUUCCAGACUCUGCCGGUGACACCCAUGUGUACUCAGAAGAAAAGUGUGCAAACAACACAGAAAGUGCUGGUGUUCCGUUGGCAGUCCGCAGAUGUAAGGGAGCUUUUCAGACUGGAGUCACGUGGGCCAGGCCGGAACUGUUGGAUUGUGGGCGGGAUUUGUCCAAACUGGCAGAGGUCCCUGUAACUCCAGAUAAUGUAGCAGAAGUUGCUGCAGACUUACAGAUCCUUACGUCUGUUGGGAGUUCCCUUAUGGCGGAAAACAUCGCAGAUGCCUCCACUGUCCUGGACAAUCUCGUAAACACCACUGGAGACGAGAAUGUUGGCUAUUCCGUCGUCGUGUCUGUUGAUCAGAUCAUGAACACUGAUGAUGACGUUCUCCAACAGAGUCAAGUUAAUGAUCAGUCUCUCUCUAGAAUUGUACGGGCGAUUGAGCAGUUUAAUGAUCGCGUAAAUCUGACAUCAAAUCGUUUCCGUCGCAUUGAGAAAAACAUAGGUGUGGAAACCUACAAGGUUCAGGCGGCAGAAGUGAUUAACAGUGUUGGAUUUGCAUUCCUUGAUGGAAGUGAGGAUCUUGAGGACGGAUUGGUACGAUCCUAUUCUGACUCCUCCUCCAUCCCCAAUGAUCAAGUGGAUGCUUCCAUAGUCUUACCUGCCACUGCCUUCCUGAAGAGAAAUAUAUCCAAUCCCAGUGCCGGGGAAGUUCGUUUGAGUUUCAUUAUCUAUCUGAACAGCCGGUUGUUUCAGUCCAACCAGACCUCACCCGGCACAAAAACCAGGGUCAACAGCAGGGUCAUUGCCAGUAGAGUCACCGGCAUCGAGCUCAAGAAUCUGACCAACCCAGUAGUGACAAGAUACCUUCCUCUCGUCCCAAACAGCACGGAUAACACAGUGAACAACAUGAGGUGUGUUUUCUGGGAUUUCGAAGCAGAAGGAGGAGUUGGUGCCUGGUCGACAGAGGGGUGUGCCUUUGCCGGGAUAGACAACGACAGAGUGGUGUGCGAGUGCAACCAUCUUACCAACUUCGCUGUUUUGAUGGACAUUUAUGGAGGCUUGCACAACUUUUUACUGGAUCUGAUUAGUAAGAUCGGGAUCGUGGUGUCUAUCACAGGCUUGACCUUAACUCUGAUCUCCUACCUGAUAUUCAAGCAGCUUCGUAAGACCAGACCGCAGCACAUCCUCACCAACCUGUGCAUCGCCUUACUGGCGACCCUCAUCCUCUUCCUGACCGGCAUCGACGCUACCCACUCCCCAAUCGGCUGCACCAUCGUGGCGUUUCUGCUGCAUUACUUCCUCCUGGCUGUGUUCAUGUGGAUGGCGGUGGAAGCCUUCAACAUGUAUCUGGCUUUCAUCAAAGUCUUGGGGGCACAUGUUUCCAGAUUUAUCCUCAAGGCAGCCAUAUUUGCGUGGGGUCUUCCUUUGGUCAUUGCCAUCGCUACUUUGGCUGUGGAUGUCCCCGGCACCUAUCCUAAUGGACAGGGAACCUACAGGAGCAAUAGCGUUUGCUGGCUGCAGGGUAACCAGCUGUACUACGGUUUCCUGUUGCCUGCCGGACUGGUACUGGUGUUCAACACCAUUGUGUACAUCAUGGUCAUCAGUAAGCUGUCCUGUGGAGGGAGGACCGACGGGAAAGUUGCUCAUCCCAGGAGUGGUGCGACCAAGCAGAAUCUGCGUAUCGCCAUCGCCAUCAUGGUGCUGGUCGGACUCACCUGGAUCUUUGGAUUCUUCAUGAUCAGUGACGGAAGGAUCGUCUUUUCCUACUUGUUCUGCAUCUUCAACUCCCUGCAAGGAUUCUUCAUCUUCAUCUUCCACUGCCUACGUCAAAAGGAAGUCCGGAACCUGUGGUUGAAGUUUUGUGGAUGUCUCGUGGACGAUUCUCGUGCAACCAAGUAUUCGACAGGAACGUCGUCGUCAAACCCAACUGAUCUGAAUACGGACUACAACUCACGGGGACAGCUGAGAGGCAAUGGGGUACCCAUGAAAACGUAUUCGGAAUAGUCUGUGUUAAAAGUAAUA